GGAAGGGUGGUGAAAAUUAGUCCCCCGAAUUUUCAGAAGUCCGAACGAAAUCGAAGGAAGAAAGGGCACAAGUGCAAAACGAUGGUGGAAGAAUCAGAGAAAUCAGUGGUGGCCGAAUCUGGAGAGGAAACAGCGAUGAGCAGAAGAGUUCACGGUGAGGUUGACGGAGAUGAAGGUCUAGAGGAAGGGGAGAUUUUGGACGAUGCCGGAGAAGCGGGUUCGUCUCUGACGAGUGUUCCUAAAACUUUGGCUGCUAAGCAUCCAUUGGAGCACUCGUGGACUUUCUGGUUCGAUAAUCCUUCCGCCAAGAAUAAGCAGGCUGCCUGGGGAAGCUCUAUCCGCCCGAUCUACACUUUCUCCACUGUGGAAGAUUUCUGGAGCAUUUACAACAAUAUACAUCACCCUAGCAAGUUGGCUGUGGGAGCUGAUUUUCACUGUUUCAAAAAUAAGAUUGAGCCAAAGUGGGAGGACCCUGUUUGUGCUAACGGAGGAAAGUGGACGGUGAAUUUUCCUAGGGGUAAAUCUGACACCUCUUGGCUGUAUACGUUGCUAGCCAUGAUUGGAGAGCAGUUUGAUUAUGGAGAUGAGAUUUGUGGAGCAGUUGUCAAUGUGCGAGCUAGGCAGGAUAAAAUUUCUAUAUGGACCAAGAAUGCAGCAAAUGAAACUGCUCAGGUUAGCAUUGGGAAGCAAUGGAAGGAUUUUCUGGAUUACAAUGAGCAAAUAGGAUUUAUUUUUCAUGAGGACGCAAAGAAGCAUGAUAGAGCAGCCAAGAAUAAAUAUACUGCGUAGUAGACUGGCAGCACCCACACUGGGAUUAUUUACAGUGGGAGCGGUCCAUCUGCUUUUUGGUGGUUGCAAUGCUGUCCUCCUCACAGAUGAGGAGGUUGUUUUAGAUCUCCUUUAACAUCAUUGCAUAUCUGCUGCUAUGUAUGUAUAGAAUUUGGAGGCGAGUCUUCUUCUCAUAACAGUAGUGCGGCGGAUACAAAUAACACCUCAGAUAUUUGAUCGCAUCCUUGUAUUUUUUUGCAACUUUUCCAGCAGUUAACUUGUUAGAAAGCUUUUUAUUCUGCUGUAUUGUGACGGAGCUGAGAUGCAAACUUGCAAAGUGGUGGUUUGACUAAGUUGAUUUUCUUGCUUAGUGAACUUUGACUUACAAGUGAACGGUAAUACUAGCUACAUCGAAAUAUCGCUAAUGUGAUACUCUUCGUCUUUUAGUUAGAAUCAUGUUUGUUAUAAAUGCA